AUGGAGAAAAGGGGCAUACGAGCAGGAGGCUCACCUGAUGAUGCGGGGGGCCUCUGCCUCAACCGGGGCUGCUGCGGUCCCAAAGCCAACACAGCCCUCACGGAGAAGGCACAUCAGCAACUCACAGACGCUCUGCGCAGCGAGCUAGGCAAGCUGGCGGACAUACUGUCGGUCAGGGCCAAGAAAUUUGAUGAAUUCUUCCGGAAGCUUUUGAAAGUAUCCCGGGAGGAGUUCCACAAUAUGUUCAAGCGCACGUACGGGAUGAUAUACGAACAGCACUCGUACGUCUUCGAGCAGCUGUUCGAGCAACUACAAAACUACUACACUCGCGGCGACACCAACUUCGACAAGAUGAUGGACGACUUCUUCGGCAUACUGUACGAGAAGAUGUUCACCGUGCUCAACUCGCAGUAUAACUUCGAUCAGAAGUACCUGCGCUGCCUCAACGAGCACAUGCGAGACAUCCAGCCCUUCGAGGACGUGCCCCACAAGCUCUCGGUUCAGCUGCGACGCGCCUUCGUCGCGACGCGCACAUUUCACAAAGCGCUGCGCGCCGGCGCCGACGUGGUCCGCAACAUGAUGCAGGUCGAGUUAAGCAGGGAGUGCGCCACCGCAUGGGCCCGGCUUCGAUACUGUGGCAGCUGUGGCGAGUUGCAGGCGCCCGCGUGCAGCCGAUACUGCCACAACGUGCUGCGCGGCUGUCUACCAUCGCAUGCCGACCUCGGAGAGCUGUGGGACGCUUACGUCGAUUCCGUGGAGAAGGUGGCCGACCGUCUGCAGGGCCCGUUCAACAUAGCGAUGGUGGUGGAGCCGAUAGACAUAAAGAUCUCCGAGGCGAUCAUGAGCUUCCAGGAGCACAACCAGGAGAUAUCGCAGAAGAUCUUCGCCGGCUGCGGCAAGCCGGACCUCGGCGGGGGCGGAAGCAGCGGGCCGUUCUUCGCGCCCGACAGGGCCAGGCGCUUCGCGAGGUCCGUCCCGGACCUCGACUGGAACAGGUCCGGCGAUGUGGACGACUUCGAGAUCGAGGCGUCGUUCGAGAGCCUGGUCAACAACGACCCCUCGCUGCUCGGUCUGAGGACUCCGGAGGGAGUGAGGGAGGCGAGCAGGGAGAUGGAGCGCCAGGCGAGGUCCAGGGAGAGGUUCCUGCAGUACAUGAGGGGCCACAUCGACCUGGAGGACUACGAGGGCCACGAGAGGCGGCGGCGCGGCGCACAGCCGGAGCCCGCGCCGGCCGAACUCUACCCCCAGAAGAAGAAGAAGAAGCCCACGGCCGGAAAGUCCGACGACGUCCACGGCGCGGAAUGGGGCAGUCCCGUGCUGGAGCGCCUCAUGCGGGAGACCAGGGCCAGGGUGCGCGGCUCCAGGCGCUACUGGGCCCAGCUGCCGGCCGCCCUCUGCGCACCGCUCAGCGUCACCACCGCGCCCUGCUACAACGGCUCCGCACUUGCGAGCUACACGAGCAGCUCCGCCGGCGACGGCACCGCCGCGCUGGCCUCGAACCCGGAGGUGCGCGGGGGCGGGGGCGGGGCGGCGGCCACUGCGCCGGCGGCGCGCGCUCAGCUCGAAGCGUUGAGGGCGCUCACCGCCAGGCUCAAGGACGCCUACAACGGCGUCGAGGUGCAGUGGAAGGACGACGACAACGUGCAGGAGGCCGCCUCGGCGCUGGACUUCACGGAGGCCGGCUCCGGCUCCGGCUCCGGCGACGACGAAGACUCCGACGCGGAGGACUUACCGGACGACGACGAGGACCGCGCCGCCAACGCGGACUACCCCGAAGGCUCGGGCGACGGGCCCACCGUGGUCCCCGAAGCGCCGGCGGAGCGGCCGCCCGCGCCCACGGAGCCGCCGCUGGUGCCCAGCGUGCGCACCGCCGCGGCCGACGAGGGCGCGGCAACCAGCGGCCAGGAGCCCGCCGUGACGAGCGGCGGCGAGGAGCCCGCGGGCCAGCCGCCGCCGGUCGGCCCCGUCAGCGCGGCGGAGCGGCCCACCCUCGGCAGGGCGCUGUUCGCCUACGCGCUGCCCGUCGUGUGCGCCUGGUUCGGCGCCAUCGUGACGGACCUAUUC